AUGGCCGAAAUAAGAUCGCAUCCUAAGGAUCAUUCUCUCACCCAUGAAGAAAAUAGAGCAAUAAUUUGUCUUAUGUGUUUGCAGAAGAGAAAAAAAAUGUAUACGGUAUGUGACAAAUUAAAAGAAACACAUACAAUCCAGUUGAGUAACAAUGUGCUACCAUCGGCACUUUGCUGCAACUGCAAGAUAAAAGUUCAUUGUGCCUCAAAAGAGAACAAGAUUCUUCUAUUGCCAAAUUACGAGGGCUUUACUGGAGAAAUGAUUAAAACUCGAUCUAAUGAUAAUUCAAAACCUUGUUUAUGUAAAUUAUGCGAGCUGGCUAGAAGCACCUCUAGCUGGAACUUUGGUACAAACUCUCGUCCACGUAAAGAAGCAGGCAUUUUAAAAGAAACUCAUUUGCAAAUCUUGUUUUGCCAUACUACGCAAAGGCAGAGAACACAAUUAUUGUACUAUUACUACAGCUGUGAAAAAUAUAGAGAGUCAAAUGAAAAUGUUGAGCUUAUGUUGAGUCAAGGAAGUUCAUUAUCUACAUCUAGUGGAGAAAUCUUUAUACCGUAUAAUGCAGGACCAUCACAAUCAAAUAAAUCACGAGGAAGUUAUAACAUUUUUAGUGAACGAGUUGUAGCUACUUUUGAUCGUUGCAAAAUAAGUGACAGAGAUGCUGUAUUUCUAUCAAUAGCUAUUUGUCAGUCUCUGAUUGAUAUUAACUUAUUAAAUGUAAGCAUUGACUCUUUAAUUAUCAACCGAUCAUCAAUUCGGCGAUAUCGACAAUCUUUACGAGAAUCAAAAUCUAACGAAAUAAAAAAACACUUCCAAGAUUUGAAAUUAUCAUCUAUUGUAGUUCAUUGGGAUGGAAAAUUAUUACCUAAUCUAUUGAAUACACAAACUGUUCAUAGGUUACCUGUAAUAAUUACUUCUGAAGAUAAAGAAAUUUUGUUAGGUGUUCCGGUGACUGAUGAUGGGACUGGGCUAGCACAAGCCAAUCGCGUUUAUGAGACAUUACUGGACUGGGGAUUUGAUACAUGCGUUAAGGCGAUAUGCUGUGAUACUACUCCUUCAAACUUGGCUAUCCGUAAUGGCGCUGCUGCAUUGUUGGAAAGAUUUUUGGACAAAGAUUUGUUAUAUCUUCCGUGUAGGCAUCAUAUUUUUGAGAUAGUACUGAGAUAUGUUUUCGAAGCCGUUUUUCCAAACACUAGUGGGCCUAAUGUUCCACUUUUUGUAAGCUUCCAAAAAAAGUGGAAUACCUUAGAUCAACUAAAUUACAAAACUGGAGUUAAUGAUCCGAAAUUAAAAAUUAUAUUAACAGAUGAUAAAAUAAAUAGUAUCAGAACUUUUGCCACUGAAUUUCUUACAAUGAAGCUUCCUCGUAAUGAUUACAAAGAAUUUUUGGAGCUUACUUUAGUUUUUAUAGGUAUAAUCCCAAAAAAUUUUUGUUUUCGCAAACCAGGUGCUUGUCAUCAUGCACGUUGGAUGGCGAAAGCUAUUUAUGUAUUAAAAAUUUACUUGUUCCGUGAACAAUUGUCAUUGAAAAAAGGAGAAGAAGGUAAAUUGCGAGAAAUAUGUUUUUUUAUAACAACUGUUUAUAUGAAAGCUUGGUUUUUAUCAACUAAUGGGAUAAAAGCACCAUACCAUGAUCUGCAGUUUAUGAAAGAGCUAAACAACUUUAAAGUAAUUAACAGUCAUCUUGCUACUGUAGCAAUAAAUAAGUUCAUGAAUCAUUUAUGGUACUUAUCACCAGAAUUGUCCGUUAUCGCAAUUUUUUAUCAGGAUAUUUCAAUAGAAACAAAAUUAAAAAUUGUUAGUAGGACAAAACAGGAACAACAAAGUUCAGUUGAUACUAUUUCCGAAGAAGAUUAUACUGGCGAAAAAUGUAGCGUAAAACGCUAUCAGAAUAAAAAUAUAAAUGAUUUGUUAUACAACGAUAUUGAUUUUUUUGUGACUGCAGAAUCGAUUAAAUUUUUUGAAAGGUUUGAGUUAAGAACAGAAUUUCUACAAAUUCAUCCAUCAAAAUGGGCUGAAGAUGAGAGCUAUAUUAUCGCUUCGAAGUUUGUGAAGACACUGUCAGUUGUAAAUGAUUGUGCUGAAAGAGGAGUUAAAUUAGUGCAAGAUUUUUCUAGAUAUUAUACUAAAGAUAAAAAACAAUUGCAAUAUGUAUUACAACUAGUUAAAGAUCAUAGAGAACGAUUUCCUGACUCGUUGAAAAAAACAAAUAUGUAA